AUGCAGCGACUGUGUGCGUUUGCCCUGAUCUUGGUGCUGGCUCUGGCUGCCUCCUCCGAAGCUUCUUGGAAGCCCAGCUCCCAGUUGCAGGAGGCACUUUUGGCUCCAGGGGCCAAUAGAGGCCAGGAGCAGCAUGGGCUGGACCGGCUGGGCCCAGCCUCUCACCACCGAAGGCAGCUGGGGCUUGAGGCUCCCCCACAUCUGGUGGCAGACCUGUCCAAGAAGCAGGGGCCAUGGCUGGAGGAAGAAGAAGCAGCAUAUGGAUGGAUGGACUUCGGCCGCCGCAGUGCUGAGGAAGGGGACCAACAUCCUUAGAACCGAGCUGCAGAGCCUAGUCACCUCCCAGCCCAGCCCCACCCCCUGAAAAGCAAAUCAAAAUAAAGUAGUUUCC